AUGCGUGACUUUGUGAGCCUGUUCGGCAGCCAGUAUCAGACGAUUUUUGGCGGCGGUCCUAGCUGUGCCGGUGGCAAUGGGAGCAGCCUGGGCGGCAGUAGCGGUGAUUGCUGCUCGUCGUCGGCCGGAAGUUCCGGCACGCCGCUGCGACGCCGCUCGGUCAGCCUCGGACCGUUCCGGCGCCGAAUUCGGAGCGAAUUUUCCCUGCUCGAUUACUUCUUCCACCAACCGAAGCAUGGCCGACAUACGCGCUACCCAAACCGAACGUUUAUGCUUAUGGCCGCCGGCUUCAUGUUCAUCAUCUGCGGUGCACUCGUUCACAUCCUUGAUCCUUAUUUGCUAAUAUUUAAGUGGAAAUUAAUCUUCCAAGAAGGGUCGGAAAUAUUCAACCUGUGGCGCACGCCGCCCGUCGAUCUGUACAUCAAGAUCUAUCUCUUUAACGUCACCAACGCGGAAGACUUUAUGGCGGGCCGGGCCGAAAAGAUGCAGAUCGAGGAAGUUGGCCCGUACGUUUACAGGGAGCUGAUGUCGCACGACAACAUUACGUUCAACGAGAAUGGAACGCUUUCGACGCGGCCGCACCAUCCGCUGAUCUUUCAGAAGGGUUUGUCCGGUAAUUUGCGAGAGGAUGAUGUGUUUAUGAUGCCAAACAUUGCACUGCUGAGUAUAGCGCAGGUAGCUGCCAACCAACCGUAUUUUCUCCGCUGGCCAAUCAAUUUGCUCAUACGGCAAACAAAGGUGCAACCGCUGGAACGGCAGACGGCCAAAGAGUUUAUGUACGGCUAUCCAACCACACUAACCACUCUCGGUUAUACCUUUCUUCCCAACUGGAUAUCGUUCGACAAAGUCGGUCUGAUCGAUCGGAUGUAUGAUUUCGACGAUGAUUUUGAAACAUUCUUCACCGGGGAAACGUCAGCAAGCAUGUCCGGACUGUACGACACCUAUCUCGGUUCACCGGACCUAGCCCAAUGGAAUGGAACCCACUGUAGCAACAUUCGCAACGCUUCCGAUGGUACGAAAUUCAAGAGCUUCAUCGAACCCAACGAUCAGCUGCUGUUUUUCCGCAAAAGCAUGUGCCGGGCCCAGAUCCUGAUUCAAAACGGUACCGACCAUGAGGUGGAUGGUCUAAAGGCAACCAAGUUCGUCUUUGAAGAGAACGCACUCGACAAUGGGGAAUUUGAUCCGCGCAACAAGUGCUACUGUCGGAAAGGCACCUGUCUACCGCGUGGACUGGUCGAUGUAACUAGCUGCUACUACGGGUUCCCGAUCGCUCUCAGCUAUCCUCACUUUCUGGACGCCGAUCCGAAGGUUUUGGCACAUGUCAAUGGUUCCCGGCCGGAUCCAAAACUUCACCGGAGCCACUUCAUGAUCAAUCCUGUAUCUGGACUUCCGCUAGAGCUUUCGGUCAAGUUCCAAAUCAACAUGGCGCUGGACGAUCUGAGCAAUAUGGCACACUGUGAGAAGUUCUCCAACCUCGUCGUACCGACGCUCUGGUUCGAAAUUACGAUGCCAGGACUGCCGAAAACGCUACUAUCCCGCUUUAUCUUCUACCUGAAGAUCCUGCCGUUCGGCGAUCAGGUGGUCAAGCACAGUCUGCUUGCGUUCGGUGGCAUACUGCUGCUCGUUGCCAUCACGAAGGUGUCACUCACGCUCUCGUCCGCGUAUUCCUCCGCGUACCGCAUUUCCAACGAGCUGCGGGAAAGCUUAUGGUAG